AUGUACCGGGACUGCACGCUCCCGGUGACGAGCUACGGGAUCAUUGCAUACCGGCGGUUCCGCGCCGGCGACCAGAUAUCGACAGUACCCGGGACACCGUAUGACUGCGACGUCCACAACAGCUUCAUCAACACACGAUCCCAGACGCUGAUUGCCCCGCGCGACGGCGAUCUCGUCUACUGCAUGAUCCAGCGGAAGGACACGCACGCCUACAUCGACUUUAUCCGCGGCAUCUACAGCACACCCCAGCUCAUGACGCUCUUUGGCGAGAUGACCUGUCAAGAGAGACACCGGCUGCUCCACGAGUCCUUUGACGAGAUCUGGAACCGGCUCUGGGUGAACCACAAGAAUCCAUGCUAUACCAUGGACUACGACGAAGCCAAGGCCAAGUACACCAGCGUCGACAAGCACUACUACAUCAAGCACACGCACUGCACAUGGCCGCACACCGAGUUUGGCUUCCCCAAGGGACGGCGCAAUGUCCGCGAGAGCACACUGAAUGCCGCAUUGCGCGAAUAUACGGAGGAGACUGGCACGUAUACUACCUCGCCGAGAUGA